AACACGACACCCCGAGGACGGCGAGAGGCACGGGGGGAGGAGAGACUCGCGCUGAAUGGUGUGAGAGUGAGUGGAGGACUUAAAAAGUCUGUAAAGAAAGAGAGCUUCCUCUCCGACGUUUUAUUUCUGUCAAAGAAGUAACAAAGCUUUGCGGUAGAGAGAUGUCAAACAGCGACGAGGAUGCGGUUGCGACGGAGUAAACAACCCCUGAACAGUUAGCAAAAUAAGUUGUUAAAACAGAGUGAAAGGCUGUUUGGCUGCAUCGAGACGGGACGGUUGGCAGUUUUCCGCCGCGACUUGAGCGGAAUUCAGCGCCGCUUGUUACAGAGAAGUGAGGACCGACAGCGAAGUCUUGACCGCUCGUAUCGCCCGGGAAGGGAACCUCUCGGUCGGUUGCUCGGUUGGCAGAGAGCCGGGGGGGGAAGCGGAGCGCGGCGGCGGCGGCGGCAGCGGCGGCAGCAGCGCGAAGAAGGAGAGCCGCUGAAGUUGUAGCUCCAAAAGUUUGCCGUGUAUCUUUCACCUAGUGUUCCAGAUUAGGAACCACAGGGGGAGAGGAAGAGGCCGAGGGACUGACUUUCCUUUUUCCACGAGCAACUUUGUGGGAGAACAUCCUGCUCUGUAAAACUUCAGCAGCCUGCUAAGAAGCUGAAAGAACAAAGAAUGAAAACACCUGGAGAAAGUGGGUUCGCCUUCCCAGACUGGGCGUACAAGCCUGAGUCGAGCCCCGGGUCCAGACAGAUCCAGCUGUGGCACUUCAUCCUGGAGCUGCUCAGAAAAGAAGAGUAUCAUGAUGUCAUCGCCUGGCAGGGGGACUACGGCGAGUUUGUCAUCAAGGACCCGGAUGAAGUGGCCCGGCUGUGGGGGGCCCGGAAAUGUAAACCCCAGAUGAACUACGAUAAGCUUAGCAGGGCUCUAAGAUACUACUACAACAAGAGGAUACUCCAUAAGACCAAAGGCAAGAGGUUCACAUACAAGUUCAACUUCAAUAAACUGGUUUUGGUCAACUACCCCUUCAUUGACAUGGGCUCCACUGGAAGCAGCGUCCCACAGAGCGCUCCUCCCGUCCCCACUGGUGCAGGGACUCACUUCCGUUUCCCUCCCUCCACACCAUCUGAAGUCCUCUCCCCGAAUGAAGACCUACGCAGCCCUGGUGGCAUGUUCAGCUCUGUGGCCCGACGUAUGGCCCGUGGCUCCGUUAGCGACUGUAGCGAUGGCACCUCUGUCAAUUCUGAGAUUGAGGAUGGCAACACGGGAGCGGGAGAAGAGAGGGGAGAGAGGGGUGUGAGUGGAGGAGGACAUGGUGGUGGAGGUUACAGAAGCAUCAUUCAUCCACGUCUUUCUCAUGAAGCCCUGUUUCGCAUGUACGGAGGACCAGGCAACCCCGCUGGACACCCAGGCUCCCGUGGCCCUGCUGGGCACCGGAUCCACCAAGAGCCCCUGUCCCCCUUCCCUGUGUCUCCUUUACCAGGACCAGGAGGAGCCGGUCUGCUAGCACCUCCUCUGUCUCCUGCGCUCUCCAUGACCCCAACAUCUCACCUCCCCUACACCCCCUCACCCACACUGUCACCAAUGUUAGGCUCUCACUUCUCCUUCAACGCUGAGGACAUGAAACGCUACCUGCAGGCUCACACCCAGUCCGUGUACAACUACGGCCUGAGCCCCAGAGCCUUCCUCCAGUACCCCAACAUCGUCAUCCCUCAGCCCCACCGGCCAUCUGCAGACAAAACCCUGACCGGAGAGAGAGGAGAGAGAGCAGAACGAGUAGCUGCCGGGGUAGGAGAGCGGCACCAUCAUCCAUCCCUGGCUCACUCCGCCCACCACCAUCCGCAUCCACCUCAUUCCGCCCAUCCUCACCCCCAUUCUCACUCCAUGCACCACUCGCUCCACCUGGGUGAGGAACCUCCACACAUGUCUCCCUUCAAGUUCAAGCUGCAGCCACCACCGCUGGGCAGGAAGCAGAGAGAUAGUCAGAGUAAACCCAGGCAGAGCUCCAUGUCCUCAGGCUCAGGAUCUGGGUCCAUGUCAUCUACAUCUGGCCUCGGCUCCUCGCUGUCGUUUGGCAGCGACCUAAGCUCAGCCAGUGGCUCAGGCCUGAUUUCUGCCUCCUCCUCGACACAGUCCCUAAACAGUGCAGGACUUCCCAAGAUAAAGGUGGAGCCCAUCUCUGAUAUCGAGUCAGAGGAAGAGGUGGAGGUGACCGACAUCAGUGAUGAGGACCCAGAUGAGAGAGAUGAGGAUUUUGAGCUCUUUUCCCCUCGCCAUCCCAGACCCCUCAACCACCACCACCACCACCACCACCACCAUCACCAUACCAACGGCACAGCAAUGCCCAAACACCAUCCCCAUCCUGAUGAGGACCUUGAUGAGGACGUGUUCAAAGCCCCUGCUCCGCCUCCGCCAAGCCUGAUGCCCUUCUUCACCUCACAUCACACACACUCCACUUUGUAUCGUGGGUUGCCCACCCUCAAGAGUGAACCCAUUGAACCAGGGGAUGGUCACACACCUCCCCCUCAGACAGGGUCGGCUGGAGCUUCCCAGACAAAAUGCAUCCCCCUAAAGUUGCGAUUCAAGAGGCGCUGGAGUGAAGACCAGCGCAUGGAGGCCUCACAGGAGGAGUCGGACGACAAGAAAGUACGACCCCAGGAGGAGAGGGAAAAGGAGAGGCAAAGUAAUGGACGGAUGGAGAUGGAUGAAGAUGGGACAGGCAGCGGGGAUGGAGACAGUCCUCCACCAUUGACGUACGAGGGCUCUUUAACCACACCGUUGUCUUCACAGCGGAGAGUGAGUGCUGAGCUGCAUCGUGCCACUGCACAGCUGUCUCUGGAAAACAAAGACUGCUGAUGUGAGACACAAACACUACUGCUCCAGUAGUACUGGAGGUGGAACAGGGGUGUGUAAAUGGUCUCUCUGUAAUCCCUCUUCCACACUUGCAAACUAGAUUCCUGAAACCUCCAGUGAACUGAGAGCUCAGUCCAACAUACACACAUACUAAACCUUCACCUCAAAGAAAGCCUGACUCUUGUUUUGUCAAAUCUUUCACCAGACCUCUGUCUGGAUCAGGGUUCUUCUGGGACACAUCUUUUUUGGGAGGUGGGACUCACUCAGACUAAGCCAUGCCAGCCAACAGUGACUGUGAUGGGGGUGAAAUCAGAGGGAGGCUCCCCUUAUGAAACUUGACCCCAAGUUCACCUCCCACCUGGCCAGUGAAGCUCCCCAUGCCCCGCACCGGUAGCACAGCUCCCUCAUUCAGACCCCAUCCGUCAAAUCAGCAGCACUUUCCUGAGGAGACACACACUCCCUUAAAACCCAGAAACCAACCUAGGAUGAUGUUGCUUACACUCUCUCCUAUGUUUUUUUUCCUAAAAGCUGGUGGGACUUUGAUAAGUGCCUGUAUCUAAAACCCACAACCCUGGAUGUACAGGAAAGAUAACAAAGGAUAAAGACGAGUGCAAUGAUAAAUCAUUCUUUAAGUCAUGAAAUGCUUGUAAAGUUCAAAAAGAUACUGACAAAAACAAGUGUGUCUCAAAGACUGAAGAGUGGGGCUGUUUUAAACCUGGCCCACUCCACUCAGGGAAGUCUAUUGCUGUAUGUUUAUUGGAAUCAUGCACACAAACACACAGGCAAAAACACAGCCAACAGUGAAGAAGACCCACAAUGGAAAUCACAAAAGUACACACACACAUUCACAAAUACACUGACUUUGACUCUCGCACACUGUUCUCUUAGAGCUUUUGACUUUUGUAUAACCUUUUCCUGUCUCUCUCCUGUCCUGUUACUUUUUCUCUUGCGAACCACCUGUGGAAACAUGACUCAAUUUAAGAAAUAAUUGUAACCCCAGGAAGAUACUAGUUGAAGCAUGAAGAGGAGACCAUUGUAGAAAAAAAAGGACAGCAUAUGGGACCAACAGUGGGGGAAGGCAGCAGGAGGGAUUCUGAGGCGUUCAUGUAACUGUUAACCAGCCUAAUCACCUCAUCUAACAUGGCUUGUAUAUUUAAAAAAAAAAAAAUCUGCAGGCCAAGCAGCACAGAAUACCAGAUCACCAGCUAAAGCUCCUCUAACAAUCGUAAUGUUAAACUAAACCAGCAAACACACAUACAGACACAACACUGCCUUUUGCUCCCAAAUACACACACACUGUCCGGACCUCCAGCUCUCCCUGAAGUGGCAUCAUCCUCAGACUCUGUCAGUGUUUAACACUGCCAGGCCUGUGAGAGUCUGAGAGAGCAGGGAACACCUUAGACCUCACACACACUCACACUCACACUCACACACAGCCUAUCUAUGCCUUGUUUUUAUAGCAUGUAUAAAAGUGCAAACUGAGCUCUAAUAACACACAAACAGACUAUAUCUUUAUAUAUUCUAAAUAUUAUAAUUAAAUGAGUUACAUUUUAAAGACAGCCAUAGCAUUUUAAUGGUAAGAAUGAUUUUGUAAGUGGAUUGUUUUUUUUGAAGUGGUAAGAAACUCGUUUAGUGAUAUACGGUUACAUGGAGGGUGGGUGGACAAGAUAAAGAGGGGUGGAGGUCCAGGCUUGUCUUGUAAAUUUGUUUCAUAGAAGAAACAAGCCACAAGACCAGCAUAGGAGUUCAAGAGACUGACAAUGACUCACUCUGCUGUUCACUGUAUUUUCAGCACGCAGCGCUCUUCUUCUUCCUGUCUACACAGUCUAGCUUAUAGGGUUCUCCCAGGCUUGUGCUCUCCUGGCCCUAGGCCAUCUCUCCAGGCUCUCUGUGUGUGUGCUUAGUGUUAGCCAAUGGGUUAUUAGUUAAGUAGUAAUCCUGUCUUUUCUUUUAUUCCACUUAGCAUAAUGCUCCAAAGUUCACUGCAGCAGGGGGGAGGGGGUAAAGGGGUUAAUCAUUACUGUAUGAUAGCCUGGAACAUGUGAGACCCUGUCCUUAAAGGCCCCUCUCCUACAACUAUGCACAUUUACACAUACACAAAUGAUUAUGUCUAACAUGCUGGAGGCCAGGUCGUCGAGGGGUCUGAUUGGACACCAAGGCGAGCUGUGUUAAACAGCAGCCUGUCCCCGCCUGGCCAGCGACAAGUCAGAUCUAUUGCAGCGACCUGUGAGAUCGACAGCCUCCAGGCAGUCUGUGUGGCUGAGCUGAUUGAAUUUCCUCAUCAGACCCCUGUGGGCUGGACUGGAGCAUGUCACAACACACACACACACACACACACACACACACACACACACACACACACACACACACACCCGAGUCCUGAGUCUGUACCUGAACUGAUAGCUGCCUUAUUACUACUUGUCAUAUCUCAGUAACAGAUGAGGAAUCUGUCUUACCUGCUCUGCACUCUUUCUCUCUCCUCUUUCCAUUUCCUUUUUUCCUCACUCUGUUUCAGGCAUUUGUCUGACGUCCCGCUAACUGAGGGGCAGUCUGACUCAGUCAUGAUAUUGCAGGGUAAAAAGAUUGACUGGACUCUUGAUUGUAACACAGGCUAUCUCUCGUCCUGUUCCUGGCCUCUACAGUCACAGAGCGGUAGAUAAACAGCACAGUUACAUUUCUCUAUCAGAAGAAGAAAGGUUUCUCAGUUUAUUUUUCUGAUGUUGAUAUUGAUUAUUGUUGGUGUUAUUAUUGUUCCCAUUGGGUUAUGUACCUUUCCAUCUGGCAUUAUUAUUAUUCCAUGGCUCUGUUAGCUGUUGCUUUUUAUGUUGUGUACAUCCUUUCUCUGUUUCAAACCUUGAAGCCCCAUAAACCAGAGAUGUUUUACUUAUAUUUAGUUUUUACAAAUGUAAAAUAACUCAAAUGUGUAAUAUUAAUUUUGAUGCUGACAGAAAAAAACACCCAGGGCAGAGAGGAGAAGGGCAGUGGCAAAGGAUUUUAUUUAGAGGGAGAGGGAGGAGUGAUUUUAUCUUUUGUCAUGUAUUGUAAUUUUUGUUUUAUAAUGUUACUAUUAUCUCUCUCUUGCUCUUGUACAUUUUUUCUUGUUUUUUUUUCUGGGGGGGAGGGUUAUAUUUCAAAAGAAGAAAAAAGAUGUGUAUUGUUCGACUCUGUAAAGGUCUAUCUUCCCCCUCUUUCAGUCUCUUCUUUUGCCUUGUCUCCCCCGAGCAGUUACAUAACACUCAGAUGGAGAGAUGAGAGUUAAUACCAUGAUGUAACAUUGAAUUUCUCCACUUCUUUAGUGUUUUUUUCCAAACUUGUAAUUAAGCUGUAAUCAGGGUUAAUUAAAACUGGUUAAAACCCAA